UUUUUAUUUCCGCCUUUGCUCUUCGUCUCCUUCUUUGGCCUCUCAAAUCUCUCUAUUUUUUCUUUCUCACUACAGCUUCCUCUUCAUCCGUUCACCAUUGACAAAGCUCCCUUUUUGCUUAAGAAAUUUGGAUAUGUUUACUAUGGAGCUCAGAGAGUUGUGUCUGCUCCACCUUUUAGGUGUAGUUGGUGAAACUGUGUGGGAGUUGUGGAGAGGGAAAUGGCUACAAUUGAUUCGGAGGAGGCUGGAGUGGGAAGAUCAUUGGAGGGAGUGUCAAGUGAGCAGCAGCGGUGCCAGUUUGGUGAAGCACUGGCUGAGUGGAGGUCUUCUGAACAAGUUGAAAAUGGAAUUCCAUCAACAUCACCUCUUUUCUGGGACAGUGACGGUGACGAUGAAGGACCUAAACCUUCUGAGCUGUUUGGAAAGUAUACAUGGAAGAUUGAUAAAUUUUCACAAAUUAACAAGAGAGAACUUCGGAGUAAUGCAUUUGAGGUUGGCGGCUACAAAUGGUAUAUUUUGAUUUAUCCCCAGGGCUGUGAUGUCUGCAAUCAUCUCUCUCUUUUUCUUUGUGUGGCUAAUCAUGACAAGCUUCUUCCAGGGUGGAGUCAUUUUGCACAGUUCACAAUAGCCGUAGUUAAUAAAGACCCGAAGAAGUCCAAAUAUUCAGAUACUUUGCAUCGUUUCUGGAAGAAAGAGCAUGAUUGGGGCUGGAAAAAAUUUAUGGAACUAUCAAAAGUGUUGGAUGGGUUUAUUGAUGCUGAUACACUGAUAAUUAAGGCUCAAGUCCAAGUUAUCAGGGAGAGAGCCGAUCGUCCCUUUCGGUGCCUUGACUAUCAAUAUCGCCGAGAGCUUGUUAGUGUAUAUUUAACAAAUGUUGAACAAAUCUGCCGACGUUUUGUUGAAGAACGGCGAGGCAAGCUUGGGAAAUUGAUAGAGGAUAAAGCCAGGUGGUCAAGCUUCUGUGCUUUCUGGCUGGGGAUGGACCAAAAUUCCAGGCGCCGGAUGUCCAAGGAAAAAUCAGAUGCAAUAUUGAAAGUUAUUGUUAAGCACUUCUUCGUAGAAAAAGAAGUAACAUCUACUUUGGUCAUGGAUUCUUUAUACAGUGGACUCAAGUCUCUAGAAGGUCAGUAUAAGGCCAAGAAAGGUAAUGGUAAACAUUUAGAUGUAGAGGAGCAAUCUGUUCCUAUAAUUCGGAUGGAGAAAGACAUGUUUGUUUUGGUGGAGGAUGUGCUUCUAUUGCUCGAGAGGGCUGCCUUGGAGCAGCUGCCUCCAAAGGAUGAGAAAGGUCCUCAGAAUCGUAUAAAGGAUGGUGCUUCUGGAGAUGACUUCAAUAAAGAUUGCAUUGAACGUGAUGAAAGACGCCUUACUGAACUGGGUCGUAGGACCAUUGAAAUAUUUGUCCUGGCACAAAUUUUCAGUAAAAUUGAGGUUUCAUACCAGGAAGCUGUUGCUCUAAAGAGGCAAGAGGAACUCAUCCGUGAAGAGGAGGCUGCAUGGAUGGCAGAAGGUGAGCAGAAAUCAAAACGUGGAGCAUCCAUGAAGGAAAAGAAAUCAAAGAAAAAACAGGGAAAACAAAAGCGCAACAACCGCAAAGCCAAGGAUAAGGGGAAGGAUGAAAGGCACGAUGUCACAUUGCAAGACAAGACUUCAGAGGAACCAACUGGUGGUGAAGGAAAGGACGUGAAUGAGGAACCAGAAAGUGUACUUGACAAACGUGAUACACUGGAAGAGGUUUCAGAUAUCUCGGAUUCAGUAGAUUGUGUUCCGGAAGUACUUAAUCCCGAUUCAGAAGACCGAGACGUGAGCCCUGUCAGUUGGGAUACUGACGCAUCAGAAGUUCAUCCUUCUACGGAAAUGAGCGGCCUGUCACCAGAGCAAAAUGGAAUAGUUGGGCGUCAAAUCCCUUCUGUGAUCGAUGACAGUUCUUCAACAUGCUCCACAGACUCAAGCCGCUCAGUUGUUAUGAAUGGGCCUUCCAGAGGGAACCGUUCAGACUAUAAGAAACAGAAAUCACCUAGCAAAGGGAAGAACCGUCAGGGCAAGUCAUCUUGUAAUGCAGCUAAAUGUGCUAAUGAUUCACAGAGUCAAAUAUUAGGCACUAUUUCUGAUGUGCGCCCACUGAGUGAUACAUCUGGAAGUUGCAGAACGGCUGGAUCCGAGUCUCAAGCUACUCUUCUUUCUUCACAUGAGCAGCUUGUUGUGAAGGAAGUAGCAGUUCCACAGCAAAGGAAGCUCAAUGUAGCUGAUAGGGUGGGACCCUCAUCAGAUAAGACAAGCGUGCAAUGUUUUCCUAGGAGUCCUCCCAAGGACACGUCGUCUACAUUUCAGUUGGAGUCAGAGUCAAAGACCUUUGGUUCUGCUGAGCCCACUACCAAGAGCCCAUCAACCGAGACCUCCAAACUGACUGAUAAAUCUUCGAAACCCGUGAAAUCAACUGAAGCUGCAGUUGCAGUUGCAAAGACUAAUGCCCACAGAUCUGUUGAUUUGAAAGCCAUUGGAAAGCCUUCCACCCUCCAAGUUCCUAUUGCUGCAGACAGGCCAUUGACACGUCAAAUUCCUUCCGCCAAUGAAAAGGCCUCUUCAAAACUAGUGCCUGUCACAUCAAGACCCAUGAGUGCUCCAAUAGUCACCGGUCCUAGGCCAACUAACCCUGUUGUCUCCGUGGUUCAGACAACACCGCACCUGGCACGUUCAGUGAGUGCAGCUGGUCGGUUGGGUCCUGAUCCUUCACCUACGACACAGAGUUAUACUGCCCAGUCCUACCGAAAUGCAAUGAUGGGUUCUCCUGCUACGGGAAAUUCAGCUGGUUUUACUCAACCUCAUUCUCCAAGUUCGGUGACGAAUGCCUUGCAGUCAUACCAUCAACCAUCUACUCUGAUUUCAGGGGCGAUGUACAUACCACAGGGGCCAGAACGAAUAGAACAUAGUCCAAUUAGACCGAACUUUUCAUAUGGAAUGGUGAAUCAUGAAGUACUGCAGAAUGGAUCCCAAUGGAAUGAGUGCUCCCCCAAACGGGAUAGCAGCAGGAGCAUGUCCCUUGACCAUCCUUUAGUGAAAGGCAUUGGAAAUCCCGAUCCGUACAUGCCAGUUAACGGCAGAUCUCAUGAUCAUCUUACGUCUCAAUUUCCAGCUGCAUCCGCAUCAGAGCUCUCAGGCCGACAGCCCUACAGUGCAUUUGCGGAUGAAUUCCCACAUCUUGAUAUCAUCAAUGAUCUACUGGACGACGAGCUUGGAAUUGGGAUGACUUCAGAACAAGAUUCAAGAUUUCAAAGUCUCGGCAACUGUUCUAACCAUCAAACUCAGCAGUUCACCUUCCCAAGCGACACUGGUAUGUUAUCUGACAUCGGUCCCUCAAUGAGCUCUUGUAGGUUUGAACGGGCACAAAGCUAUCAUGAUAACGGGUACCAGCACAGCUACUCUGUAGGCCUUUACGAUGCUGUCAGGGACGUGAUCCCACAGCCUAGCCCACCAAGUUUUGCCAACGGUCAAAUGGACGGGCGUUUUCCCAACAACUGGCAAGUAGUUGGUCCCGACCCCUCGUACCUUGGAAUGAGGAACAUCGAUAGUGAUGCUGGCUACCCGUAUCAUGUUCCCGAAUACUCAAAUGUCGCUCGUGGUGUCAACGCUUAUGCAAUGUUCCGGCCUUCAAACGGGCUGUGAAAGAUGGCUGGAACGAAGCUUCCCCGCAAAAAUUGGCUGAUGUCAGUUGUAAUAUUUACUUGAGCAAAGCUUCAGCCUUAGAUUUGGAGUGACAUUUUGUAAAGAGUGAGGUCUAGAUCUUUAGAUCUUUAUUUUCUUUUUAAUGAUCAUUUUUCAAUAUAUCUUUGCUAUCAGCCCAGUUUAGGGGGGUUUGAUGAUCAAGAAGUUUGUGCUUAGUUACUCUUAUAUUCUCAGUGCUUAAUUUACUUAUAAGACUGGACAAA